UGAAAUUGUAGGGACUUUUUUUUUGCCUUCAUAUUUUGAUUUUUAUUCAGACUCUAGCGGAUUAAGCGGUUUCAGAGAACCAUGCGCGGUUUUUAUCAACAAACCCAGCUGAGCGGAAUUGACACAGUUUGUUGACUCAACAAUGGUUCUUGUUUAGAUAUCAUAAUAUACGUUUUAGUAGAUGAGGGUGAGCGUUCACUGCAUGAAUCACUACUAGACCGGCUAGACAUGCUAUAUAGUACUACAUGGUUCUUGGGUGUAAUAUCCCUUGUAAUGCACUUGUCAAAUAUCGUGGUAGCAGCCGAGGUGAAUACGGUUGAUGAUGAUGUAUGUCAGUCCAAUGAUGUAGAUUGUUAUUUCAGACGAUAUUCCAAUCUUACUCUUCACAGGAUCAACCCAGUCAAGGUUGGUCACGUCCGACAUCUUGAACUCGAACCAGGAAAAACCUACCAAAUGAAAACAUUGGCUGUUAAACCACCUAUAUUUGAGAUCUCUGACUUUCUCUCUGAUGCUGAGUGUGAUCACAUCAUCUACAUGGCUCAGAACCAAGGAUUAGAGACAUCAUCAACCGUACGAGACAGCAGUGAGUUGGAUAUCAAAAACCUUGGAGAAAACACAGAAGAUGAGUUCAAAGAGUGGGAUUGCGACGGCAAUGGUCAGAUAGAUAUGGAUGAGAUGCUGAAAACUCUUGAUGUUCAAGUCGGAUUCUCGCCAGAUAGACAGACGGUGUUGGAUAUGUACGCAAAUACUGGUCUGGAUCAAGACCAAAAUGGUGUGAUAAGCCUGGAAGAGUUCCUAAAGCUUAAUACUACAGCUAUAGCAGUGUUUAUCAGACACGUUAAACAAGAACAACCACACACUAAGGGUCGACAUAGUGAACAGACCUGGCUUGGUGAAGAAAGUGCACAAGAUCCGGUCCUAAAGUCCAUUCAAAGAAGAGUACAACGCUUGACUCAGCUACCCACAGAACUUGUUCAAGCCAGUGAAUAUCUACAGGUUGUCAGUUAUGGACCAAGAGGACACUAUAACUGUCAUCUUGAUUCGGACUUCCCAUCACGUGACCUUGAGUGUUGUCAUCUACUUGGUGUAGACCUCAGCAGAUGUCGAAUAUGCAGGUAUCUAACAGUGCUGUAUUUCUUGAAUGACGUGGAGGAAGGCGGAGAAACAGCUUUUCCUUUAGCUGACAACAGUACCUUCGAUGAAAAGGUGUGGAUGAGAGACGAAAAAAACCUUUGUAAUCUAGCCAAAAAUUGUUACAGUUCGAACGUGGUCGCUAAGCCAAGUAAAGGAAAGGCGAUCAUGUGGUACAAUCACGUGAUCUAUGAACCCACGCGAUGGAUGGGAACUGUAGAUCAUUACUCAUUUCACGGCGGAUGUGACGUACGCAAAGGCCGGAAGUGGAUUGCAAAUAGCUGGAUCGGCGUCAGCAAUGAACGGCAGAGUGACAUAUUGAACUGGAUUGAACUAGCGAGGACUUUAGCCGAUAAAAGGAAGGAUAACAAGAAAGAUGAACUGUGAAAAAUGACUGUUAAACAUUAAAGCCCUCUUUGUUCGUUCAAGGCAA